GGUGAGUCGCUUGUGCAUAAGUGCACUGAGGAAAAACUCCAGUGAAGCGAUGACAAGAGACAUUGUUGCAAAGCAUAUGAGUAUUGACCAAGCGGGCCGCACCGCAAAUGACAGCUUAAACUAUUCCUAUUGAUUUACAUUUUCAUAGAUUAUCAUGUGUCAUAUCAAACUCUCAUGCACUCCAUCUGAUAAGCACAUUAACAGAAGCCCCACGGGCUGCCAUUCAUCGACCCUCCUGAGGUGGGGCAGAAUUAAGGGGGGCAGAAGUCCCGUGAUGGCGCUUGAUUUCCUCCGUUCCCCGCAAGGCUCGAUCCAAACUGGUCAUCUGGCCCCCGUCUCUGACUCAUUUGGACAGAAACGACUCUAUAAAUAAGGGAGCGUGAAAAGAGAAAAGCAGCUUUUUUUGCCCUCCCCAUGUCUGCACAUUUGUUUGUGCGUCUCACCAUCAGAAGGUGUGGGGGGAGGUACUUCUGAAGCGCACGAGAGAGAGAGAGAGAGAGAGAGAGAGAGAGAGAGUGGAGGUGACAUCUCGAGCAAGUCUCCAGAGGCAAUCCCAGGCUUGCACCAGCAGUGCUCACUUGAUGUAUUUGCGUUAUCCACACUGGUUUUUGGGCUUUGUGACAAGCAUGCACUGACUGAUCUCGCAUCACACUCUGGCAUGCUCUAACUGCUCUUGGAUUUUAGCAAAGUAAGAUUAUUGGAGCGUAAAAAAUUCUAAUAUUUUUCUCUUUCAUCUGGAAGCACCUUUCUGGAUCCGAUGAUCACAGGGCAGCUGAGCAAACCGCUGCUCCCCCUGCGUGCCGAUAUGGACGCCUGCGAGCUGCGGGAUGACGACAAAGCGGCCAGCCCGGACAGCGAUCUCAACGAUGAGCCCUUGCUCCUGUCAGCUGACACAGACUCGGAAGAGAAGAUGUAUGGUGUUCGAGUUGGUUCAGUUCAAUCUGAUGCCAGCAGCAGUCCCACAGAACAUGGUCAUAUGGGUCAAUCUCACCCCACGUACCCCAUAGGACCACAGUCUCUACUGGUUGCUCAGCAGCUGGCGUCGGCAGUUAGCGGAGUGAUGUCCGGUGGAGCUCCGGGUCUGAACCAGCCCAUUCUGAUUCCCUUUAACGCUGGUGGGCAUCUGGGUGGACAGCAGGGCCUGGUACUCUCUCUGCCCACUGCUGCCAACAUACAGGGCCUGGUGGCCGCUGCUGCUGCGGGUGGCAUCAUGACACUCCCUCUACAAAAUCUGCAAGCUACCUCAUCCCUAAACUCUCAGCUCCAGCAUCUCCAACAGCUCCAACAGCUACAGCAUCACCAGCAACAGCAUCAUCAUCAUCAACAGCAGCAGCAACAACAACAACAGCGAGAACGAGAACGAGAACAGCGUGAAAGAGAACAACAACAACGAGAACGGGAGCAGCACCAACAUCUCUGUGGCCCAACGCAUCUCCAGCCACCCAGCCAUCAUCAGCUCACUCCUCCGAUCCAAUCACAAGCGUCUGGACCUUCUCCAGGCUCCGCCUCCACCUGUACCACCUCUAAUCAUAGCUCAGCCCAGCCUCCCCAGUCUCCGCCCCCUCACAGGCAAAACCAAUCACCAGCUCGCAGCUUGCCAUCACCUGUUACGCCUCCUCUACCACUACAGCUCAACCCUCUGGCCAGUCAGGCAGCGGUUGCCGCGGCAGCAGCGAUGGGCUCAAUUGCUGGGUCACAGGUGUUUGGGAAUGCUCUCUCCAGUCUGCAGGGGGUCACUGGACAACUGGUCACCAAUGCACAAGGACAGAUCAUUGGUACGAUCCCUCUGAUGCCAAACUCUGUAGGACCUUCCAGCCAAUCAGGGGGCGGCACUCCCUCCCUGCAGGUCCAGCCAAUCACACCACAGCUGCUGACCAAUGCACAGGGUCAGAUUAUAGCCACUGUGAUUGGCAACCAGAUCCUGCCAGUGAUCAACACCCAGGGAAUCACACUGUCACCCAUUAAACCUGGACAGCAGCUGCCACAGGCCGGCCAGACUUCACAGGCUCCUCCCGUGUCUCAGCCAAGUCUGCUCCGCAUGCCCCACAGCCAGAGCCCUCUCCGCCAGGCCUCUUCCUCCUCCUCAACAUCAUCAUCCUCAUCCUCGGCCCUCAGCGUCGGCCAGCUAGUCAGCAACCCUCAGACUGCACCCAGUGAGGUGGAUGGUGUAAACCUGGAGGAGAUUCGAGAAUUCGCCAAAGCGUUUAAAAUUCGCCGACUGUCUCUGGGUCUGACUCAAACUCAGGUGGGACAGGCUCUCAGUGCAACUGAAGGACCAGCCUACAGCCAGUCUGCCAUCUGCAGACACACCAUCCUGAGAAGCCACUUUUUCCUACCACAGGAAGCCCAAGAGAACACUAUAGCUAGCAGUCUGACAGGCAAACUGAACCCUGGCCUUUUAUAUCCUGCCAGGUUCGAGAAGUUGGACAUCACCCCAAAAAGCGCCCAGAAGAUUAAGCCCGUGCUGGAGCGCUGGAUGGCCGAGGCGGAAGCCCGCCAUCGCUCCGGUAUGCAGAACCUGACCGAGUUUAUCGGCAGCGAGCCCUCCAAAAAGCGCAAGCGGCGGACCUCUUUCACGCCGCAGGCUCUGGAAAUCCUCAACAGCCACUUCGAGAAGAAUACUCACCCCUCCGGUCAGGAGAUGACCGAAAUCGCAGAGAAACUGAACUAUGACCGCGAGGUGGUGCGCGUCUGGUUCUGCAAUAAGAGGCAAGCGUUGAAAAACACUAUUAAGAGGCUGAAACCGCCCGAGCUCGGGCCGAUCGCACCAAUGGACCCUCUGGUCGAUAAUAUGGAAGAACAUCCUUAGCUCGAUGAGGCGAACACGCACCGAUGGCGAAACUUCUGAUGUUGUGGACUUAAACCUGGACAAUUAGUAUCCGAUGCAUCGUCGACUGGAUGAACUGUCGACAAAGACAAAAAGAAAUAUUGUCAGUGUUAUCAUCACAAAAAGCAAAAACCAAAAAAGUCAAGAAAAAAGAGAGUUAAAGUACUGAUUCGUUAGCAGUGUGUGAGGAAUUAAGAACAAGGAUCAUAUUUAAAUCAAGGAUGGUGAAGAAACUACUUACCAAAGUUUGUUGCAUCUGAUUCCUGAGGUUUUUUAAUUGUAAAUGUGUUUUACAUUUUUACAUUUUUACGGGGGGGAAAUGGCAAAAAAAAAAAAAAAAAGGAAAGGAAAGGAAAAAGAAAGAAAAUGAUUUGUGUGAUGGGGUUGGUGGGUGUGACAUUGAAUCUUUGUCUUAUUUUAUUCUCUUGGGUUUUUGUGUAAAUAUUUCUGGUAAUCUGUCACCAAAUUGAAAUCACAAGUUCCAAAAAAUAUCUUUGAGAAGUUUAUUGUCACGUUUCUGCUGUCCAUAGAAGGCCAUUGUCAACUGUGUCAUCUCACUCUGUUCAUGAACAUUAAGGCAUCCGUCAUAAAAGACUGCACUUGGGAGGAAUAUUUUGCAAAGAGAUUCUCAGUGAACAUACCAUAGAUAUCCACAUUCGUUGCAGCUGUGAUUAAAGCUAUUUUACGGUGUUGCCAAAGCCUCCUAGCCAAAGAACAAGGACAUUGUGUCAUACCUUGGCCUGAACCUUUCUCAAACCCUUUUAUUCAUGUGAUCGGAUGUUUUUAUUUUUUGUCACUCAACUGAAAAAAUAUUUAUAUAUAUAUAUAUAUAUAUGAGAUGAAUUACUUUAUUUCACUUGGGUUAUGCAAGUUAUCU